AAUGAGACUAAUAAAAAAGAACGUAUAAAAUAUUAGGUCCGUUUUUUCACGCGAGAGCAAAAAUCAUUUCGACGGUAACCGUUUCUCACUAGUUCUUCUCAGCAGGGGUCGUUUUGAUCUGCUCUCCAUCACCUAUGUUUAUUGCGCAAAUCGUCAUCUGAUUCAAAAGGGGAUUGAAUCCCCACCCUGCCGGGUGCUCCUAUUGUAAAGAGUAAUCUUCCCUCUGCAAGCCCCGCGGCCAAGAGUAAUUCUGUCAUAUUUACUGCCUAUUCAGUAAUCAUAUAAUAAUAAUCUCUCUAAUGGCCGAGCAAGAAGAAGACCGCACAGCUUCUGCAGUCGCAAAGCGCAAUAAGCAAUCUCCUCCGUUUGUGGAGGUGAUCUGCCACCGCACAGACAGGAGAUGGAGAUUCGCUGCCGGGACGGAGGCUAAAUUUUCCGUCAAAAUGAUAAAUAGCAAGCUGGAAUCCAGAUUUUCUCUGCCGCCAGGAACGCACAUAGAAGCGGUAAAAGAUGGGGAAGAGCCCGUAAUAUUCGGCCCCAAUUCGGUUCUCGUCAAUUACGGCGAUGGCUGGACUCUACGGACGGCUUCUGACGCCAUUGGUUUUGGAAGCUCUACGAAGGAGAACAUGGUAGUGAUGGGACAAGCAUAUAAUCCUGUGACAACGGGAUCUGGUGAUAGCCAAUUUAAGAAGAGGCCCCCACAAGCUAUAUCCUUGACCUUAUACAUGGGAAAGAUAUUGCUUGCAUUUAUAUUUAUAUUUUUGUUAGGUGCAAUGUUCACAUUGAUUUUGGAAAGCCUUCCAAAGCUCGUCGAGUAUCACGAACGAAAUAAAGAAACCAAGUGAAAAAAAUUCUUUCCUUCACGUGUUAAUGCAUUUCACAAACAAAUCCUGCUGUAAGAAUGUAUCAAGAAUUAUUUUAUUACUCUUUAUUAGGUUCAAAUAAGCUAUCUCAUGAAGUGUCCCCAGAACAUCUGAUUAUCUGAAUUCUUGCAAAGAAACGAUGUGUUGGAAUCAAUGUUCUAAAAGAAGUGAGAUUGCUAGUCAGCCCGACGCCUAGAGAUUAGGCGCCUAGAUGGAAACUGGUCGGAGACAUAUAAAUUAUAUUUUUAUCAAUGUUCUUGCAUAAAUAUGAUUAGUAAUUUUGUGUUUGUGUGUGUAAAAUUACACUCAUUAAUGUUCAUGAAUGAUAGUGUUGUCACGUUUGUUAAUAAAGAAAUUAUCCCAA